CAGCUUUAAAAAUUUGCAAUGAAUUUCAUCUUUCUAAACAAACAUAAAUCCCAUUUAAAAUACAACUAAAAACCAAGUCUACCUCUGCUCUGCAAUAAGUGAGAAGUUAAAGGCCAAUUUAUAAAAUUUGAAUUAGGGGAUUUCCUCGGGAUAAAACGACUAACUUAUAAAACCCGCGGUUUUCAUAGAUGUGCAAAACAACCAUAGAAAAUAUAGAUCGAAAUCAUGUUUAUCUGGGCGAUAUUUAUUCUAUCGGGAUUAUUAUCCCGACCAAUUGUUGCUAAUGAUGAUGUUUGGCUGGAGCCAAAUGCAUGGGAGAUUCAUUCACCAUCCCUAAACACCUGCCCAGUCUGUGAAACUAUUCCCAAUAUCGAUGCGGAGAAUUCCAUUACAACAAUGUAUUACAGAGGAAUGGUAUCUCACCUUUUCAAUAGGAAUACAUUGAAGGUCAAUCCUAAAACCGGCCAUCUGGAGAGAACUAUUACCUUAACCCUAACUACGGCACAAUUGAAAAUUAUUGAAAAUUCUUCUGAUAUACGAGAUUUCAACACUGCGGUAAUGGCAGUCCUCAAAGGCGCCAAGGAACCGAUUAAAGAACAACUAACAACAAGUCAAACAAACAAUGAAAGUUCAUUUGGUCUACGGCAAAUUUGUGAAUUUAUUUUUUCUAUUAUGGUUUAUGUUUUUAAGUUAUUUUCGAAUAUUAUCGUUCAUAGUUCUGAGACUCGCUUUGUGAUGGUUGUUUGUGCAGUGGUUAUGGCGAUAUGGUUUGUUCAUAGACGUUAUAAUAAGAACCUGAUCUUUUUAAUUAUAGCCUCCUUGAUAAUAUUUGGAUACAUCAUCAGUUACAUAGACUGCAACAGGAAACUUGAAGCUGAAAGUGUUAUUGAAUUUAUCAAGGAGACUGAACCGGAUAAACCAAGAUUCUUUUCGAAAUUGCUUGGCACAUUUUUUGACCAAUCGGAAAAGGACAAGAAAAUUAACAGAAUCAUAAAUCAAUCAAAAGUCAAACUUCCUUUCUGCAGACCAGAUGAGGUAGCGAUUAUGUAUUUCAACAAUAUGUUUUUCAGUCAGUUGCAAGUCACAGUUGAAAAAAUAAUCGAAUCCAUGGAAAAAAUACGAAAUACAGUUCCAUUUCCCUUUAAUUAUAUGGGAAUGAUUGCUUUGCCGUUUCUCUUCGUAUCCAUUUUACCAUUGCUUUUCCAAAACAUAUUCAAUCCAAGUUCGUGGUACAAGGUUCUCCGAGAUCCUAAACCAAACCAUUGCAAUACGGACGAAAUGGGUAACAAUAAUGCCCAUCAUGGAGAUCGUCUAACCGGGAAAAACCUUGAAAUAUUAUUGAAAGUUUUGAAAGCUAAAACAGAAAUUGAAGAGAAGCCUCAAAAUUCAGCAGUUGAGGAUGUGAAGGAUCUUCCGCAAGCCAUAGCUCCAAAACUCGAUGACAGUUCCAGUGCAGAAGAAACAAACACAGAUGGAAACAAAUCGGUUGUUCGAAUUGAGGAUGUUUUAGAAGAAAAUGAGAAAUCUAAAAAAGAAAGCUAAAAGUAUUUUGUUUUUAUAACUAAUGUGCUAUCGUUUUAGAUUUUUUAGUAGUAUCUAUCUUAUCUUGUAUGUUUUUGAUAUUGUGUUUUAAUUUAUAUAUUUAUAAUGUUAAGUUCAUUACUCAAAGCAUUGUUGAAAUGUAUUUUUACAAACAAAUUGUUUUUUUUUUUUAAAUUAAACUGAAAUUAUAUUGCGAAAUUGA